AUGGGCUGGCACAAGCCCGACAAUGUCGCCGGCUCCUCUGCACCAGCGAUCAUGGUCGGGUCCUUUGUCGCCACUGGCGGAUUGCUCUUUGGCUACGAUACGGGCUCCAUCAACGGCAUUCUCGCCAUGACGACGUUCAAGAACGAUUUCACGACCGGCUUCAGAGACGCCGAGGGCAACCCCGGCAUGUACCCGAGCCAAGUGUCAUUAAUAGUUGCGAUGCUCAGCGCUGGAACUGCCGUGGGUGCACUGCUGGCCGCACCUGUGGGCGAUAAAUGGGGCCGUCGCCGCUCCCUUAUUGGUGCCAUAUUGAUUUUCUGCGUCGGCGCCAUAUUCCAAGUCUGCGCCACCAACGUAGCAACACUCGUCGUGGGAAGAACCCUAGCGGGAGUGGGAGUCGGGAUGGUCUCUGUCCUUGUCCCACUUUAUCAGUCCGAGAUGGCGCCAAAAUGGAUAAGAGGCACUUUGGUUUGCGCAUAUCAGUUGUCCAUAACUUUGGGUCUUUUUGGCGCCUCUCUGGUAAACAUCUUCACAUAUAAAAUGCCGACAGCUGCGGCAUAUCGCAUCCCGAUGGGCCUGCAACUCACUUGGGCUUCAGUGCUGGCACUCGGUCUUUUGGUCCUGCCUGAAACGCCUCGUUAUCUCAUUAAGCAGGGCCUCAAAGACGCCGCCGCUCUGUCUCUCAGUCGCCUCCGCCGGCUUGACAUCACUCACCCUGCUCUCAUCGAGGAGCUUGCCGAGAUCGAGGCCAACCACGACUACGAAAUGGCAAUGGGGGCCGACUCUUACCACUCCGUUUUCUUUGGCGAACCACACCUUGGCCGCCGCAUAGUUACCGGUUGCGGCCUCCAGAUGCUGCAACAACUGACGGGAGUCAACUUCAUCAUGUACUACAGCACCACAUUCUUCAAUGGGGCUAACGUGAACGACCCUUUCAGUAUUUCCCUCAUUAUGCAGGUCAUCAACGUAGUGUCCACCUUGCCGGGCCUGUUCGUUGUCGAGUCGUUGGGGCGGCGGAGGCUGCUUAUGUCGGGGGCAGUGGGCAUGGCAAUCUGCCAGCUUUUUAUCGCGUCAUAUGCCACGGCCAACGGGGGGAACUUGAUGGUGCAGAACCAGAUCCUAAUCGGAUUUGUCGCCAUAUACGUGUUCUUCUUCGCCGCAUCCUGGGGUCCGGUUGUCUGGGUUGUAACUUCAGAGAUCUACCCCCUCAAGGUCCGUGCCAAAUCGAUGUCGAUCUCGACGUCGGCAAACUGGAUCCUUAACUUCGGCAUCGCAUAUGGCACCCCAUACCUGGUGGGCACCACCAAAGGCUCGCCUGGCUCCGUCGACUUGGGUUCGCGAGUGUUUUUCGUUUGGGGUGCGUUUUGCUUGGUUGCAGUUGCCUUUGUCUACUUCAUGGUUUACGAAACCAGCAAGAUUAGCUUGGAACAGAUUGAUGAGAUGUAUGAGCGGGUGGAUUAUGCGUGGAACAGCAGAUCCUUCGAACCGAGUUGGAGCUUCCAGCAGAUGCGGGAUUUUGGCUUCUCAGACAGUGGCGUUCCUCCGGCGGUACCGCAUCUCGAGCUCCAGUCAUCCCGGACCAGCAGCGCGGGCACGUCCCACACUGACACAGGCGUAAGCUCGACUACGACGUCAACUUCUUCGCAGGACGACAAGAUUGUCGCUUCCCUAGGUCACGUCGACUUGAGCUACUGA